AAUGGUUAGGCAGAAGAAAACAGCAACUGAUUUAUACUUAGGAGGGUCUAAUGGAAAAGUGUGUUUGGCAAGACAGAGUGUUUGUUUUCUUUGUCCAGUGGAUGAGGACUUUAAACCGUUAGAUGGUGCAUUUGCGGAUCCGAACAAUUGCGCUAUUUACUACCAUUGUAUUAAUGGAACAUCUUACAGUCAGCAAUGUCCACCUGGCCUCGUCUUUACAAUUUCUGUAAUAAAUUGCGAGUACUCAACUUGUGUAGAACCGAAAGACUCCAAAUGUCCAGGGGAUAAUCAACAGCAAUAUUCCAGAUCAUUCCCCCAAUGCUCCCAAAGUAAUCCAGUUGCCAAAGAUCUCAGUGGAACUUGUUAUAAAACGAAUGUGGAAGAUUGUCCACCAAAUAGAAAUGGAACUUUUCCAAAUAGAUUUGAUUGUAGACAGUACUUUCAUUGUGUAAAUGGUCAACAAUGGCCUCAGCAAUGCCCCAAUGGAUAUUUCUUUAGUCCGGAUUUAAAUGUAAGAGAUUGCUCAACUAGAAUGUGUGUCCCAUUCGAAGAGGCUGAAUGUCCUAUAUCAGGAGGAUGGUCUAGUUGGUCAGCCUGGCAAAAUUGCCAACCAUCAUGCGGCAGUGGAACAAGAGUUCGAACAAGAAAAUGUGACAAUCCUCCUCCUUCUAAUGGAGGUUUUGACUGUUUGGGAAACGAAGUUGAUGUGGAACCUUGCGAAAAUGAUCCUUGCAUCAAUACUGUUGAGCCAGCUUUUCUCCUAUCUAAUAUCAGAACGGAACGCUUCGAUAAAUUUAAUAGAGUAAAUUUCAAUAAUUUGAAUAUCUACAAUUCCUCCACAAAUAGGCUGACAAUUCGGAAAUCUGGAAUAUAUGUAUUCUCACUAACAGCUGGAGCAAAUCAUAUAUCUGAAGUUAAUUUAAGACUGGCUGCAACGCCUACAGCAGUUGGGUUGAUAAAAGGAAGCCAAUUUGAUAAUGCUAGAGGACCUUUGGUGAAAUCAAGGAUAAUAAUUUCUUCCCUAACACCUCUAUCCUCUCCUUACGUUCCAUCUCAUACAGCUGGUUUAUACUUUAGUACGGAAGCUGGAAAAGAGACUGCAUGGUCAGGAUUCUAUAUCAGCACAACAACAGUAUUAUUCGCUUCUUCUUCUAGAAGGGAAACAAAUACUGGUGAAAUAUCGCUGCCAGCCACUCACACAUUGAGGAAUGUUAUUGUUAUAAGCAAUAGUUUUAUAGUUGGUAGCAGUGACAUGUAUUACAUCCAAUUUGGAGCUGGAACGUCAUAUUUGAAAGAUCUUGAAAUAUCUGUCUUUAUCAAUACUGCAAAAACUAAUUCUACUCUGAUAAGAAUUGGAAAUUCUGAUAUAUUAAAUGACCAAUUUUCAAGAGGUUUUCUAAUUCAUUUACAGAGUAAUGAUCGAAUAACUUUACACAACAAUAGAGGAGCAAUUAGGUCAAGUUCGAACAACAAUGAACUCUACUUAUGCGCUUUAGCGUUAAAUAGAACAAGAGAAGCCUUUUACGCCUAUAGAACAACAGAUUUCUCUAGUUCAGCUUAUAGGAAAAUUAAUUUUGAUAAAAUUGAAAUCGAUGAGGGCAAUUCUUGGAAUUCAGCAACUAUGGAAUACGUAAGCCAAGUUGAUAAUCUCUUUCAUGUUGAUUUCUCAAUUGGUGUUGGCGCUAAUAUUAGAGGAUCGGCUAGAGUUGUUGUAGAUGGUAUCGAAGUUUUAGCUGUUCGAAGAGGAUUUACAGUUACCUCUACCAUUGAUACAGUCUCAAGAUCUGGUCUGGUAAGAUUAAAUAUAGGAUCCAGACUUUCAAUUCAAGGUGAAGGAGAUUUGAAACCAUAUAAUUCCCAAUUAAUAUCUUUAACAUUAUUUCCCGUAUCUUCCUUAAAUUCAGCCUAA